UGGUGUAAAAAAGACGUCUUUUUGACAAGCAAGCAAGAGUUUCAGAGACAGACCAAAAAGGUAGCCUACUUGUGAACUGUGCUCAAAAUGAGAGUUCCUGUAAAACUCCUCGCCUUCGGCUUUUGGUUGCUUUCCUUAAAUUUUGCUCAAUGUCAAGAAUGUCUUCGAGGGGACAUUAAAUAUGCAGACAUAGUACCAGCUGAGAAAGCUUCAUACGCUGAUGGUGAAACAGUGAAAGUGAUCUGCGUGACAGGUUAUACUGGCUUGUAUAAAUUGAAAUGUGAAAAAGGAGAAUGGAAAAAUACCAUUGAGCGACCAUGUGCAAAGAAAAAAUGUAGUCAUCCAGGCGACACACCAAAUGGUGAUUUUAAACUUACAGAGGGGACAGAGUUUGUUUUUGGAGCAACAGUGGUGUAUACUUGCAAGAAAGGGUAUGAAAUGGCAAGCAGAAUCAAUCAGCGUACCUGCAGAGCUCAAGGAUGGGACAAUGCUGUCCCUGUCUGUGAGGUGGUGAAAUGUCCAGCCAUCCGCACAGAUGAGGGGGUGACUGUAUUGGGUAACGCAGAGGAGGGAAGUUAUGGUGAUAUUAUUCGCUUUGAGUGUGUAUCUUCUGACAAAAUGAUAAACGGGAGUAGUGAAAUUCACUGCGAUGAGACGGGAAAAUGGAGUGAUGUUGCUCCAAAGUGCAAAGACAUAACAUGUACAGCACCCACCAUACCAAAUGGAUCUGUUGUUGAUUCACAGCGAGAGUACAAGAAAGAUGCCACAUUAAAAUACAAAUGCAAAGAAACAUUCAAGCCCAGAGAGGGAAUCCCCAAAUGUGCUAAAUUUGGCUGGACUGUGAAACCAGAAUGUGAUGAAAUAACCUGUGAGCUGAAGUCAACUACAGCUGGAGUAAAAAAGAUCAACCCAGAUGGAAAGAUUAUUUUCAGAGCUCGAGAAAGUGUGGAGAUCACCUGCUCUGAAAAACACUGGUUCUUUUUUACUAAAGAAACCAGAAAAACAUUUACAUGCAAAGAUGAUGGAAAGUGGGACAAUGAGCCUGUUUGUGCAGAGAUUACAUGUGACGAUCCACGUGACCGGCUUGUGUCUAAACCAUACUACUGGGGAACAAUGAAAUUCGGAGAAAAACAAUCUUACACUUGUGUGAAUGGUUAUCGUGGAACAGAAGCAGAGGCCACGUGUACACGAGACGGAUGGACACCAAAUCCACUGUGUACUGAAAUUCUCUGUGACGUACCAAAAAUAAAAAAUGCAAAGAUUGUGGGACGUCAGAGAUCAAACUAUAGAAUCAAUUCAAAAGAAGAAUAUAGAUGUCUUUCUGGAUUUAAACCGGAGAAGCCUGUACAAAUCACCUGUGAUUCCCAGGGCCAGUGGAAAGACAUACAGCAAUGCAUUGAAAUAACCUGUGAGCUGAAGUCAACCACAACUGGAGUAAAAAAGAUCAACCCAGAUGGAAAGAUUAUUUUCAGAGCUGGAGAAAGUGUGGAGAUCACCUGCUCUGAAAAACACUGGUUCUUUUUUACUAAAGAAUCCAGAAAAACAUUUACAUGCAAAGAUGAUGGAAAGUGGGAUUAUGAGCCUGUUUGUGCAGAGAUUACAUGUGACGAUCCACGUGACCAGCAUGUGUAUAGACCAUACUUCUGGAGGACAAUGAAAUUAGAAGAUAAACAAUCUUACAGUUGUGAUUAUGGUUAUCGUCAAACAGAAGCAGAAGCCACAUGUACACGAGACGGAUGGACACCAAAACCACUGUGUACUGAAAUAGUGUGUGCAGCACCUAACAUCCCAAAUGCACAGAUUGUGGGACUUCAGAGAUCAAACUAUAAAAUCGAUUCAAGCAUACGAUAUAAAUGUAGCUCUGGAUUUGAACCAGAGGAGGCUUUUCAAAUCACCUGUGAUCGCGAGGGCCAGUGGAGAGACAUACAGCAAUGCACAAAAAUGUGUGCAACACCCAACAUCACAAACGCAGAGAUUGUGGGACGUCAGAGAUCAUACUAUAAAAUCGAUUCAAGAAUACGAUAUAAAUGUAGCUCUGGAUUUGAACCAGAGGAGUCUGUAGAAAUCACCUGUGAUCGCGAGGGCCAGUGGAGAGACAUACGGCAAUGCACAAAAAUGUGUGCAGCACCCAACAUCAAAAAUGCAGAGAUUGUGGGACGUCAGAGACCAUACUAUGGAAUCUAUUCAAGUAUACAAUAUGAAUGUCGCUCUGGAUUUGAACCAGAGGAGCCUUUUCAUAUCACCUGUGAUCGUGAGGGCCAGUGGAGAGGCAUACAGCAAUGCACUGAAAUGUCAAAACUGUGCCGUAAAUCGUUCUUGGAAAAUGGGUUCAUACACAUCGACCCCUCCAACAAGGAAGAAGUAUUUUACUCCUGCAUCCCAGGUUAUAAACUAUUCACUGGGAACUGGUGGGAUUCAGUUACAUGUAGAAAAGGAUCUCAGUUUGAAGAGCCUCGCUGCAUCCGGGAGGAAGAAUGUGGUGCUCUUCCCAGUGUUCACCAUGGAAAACUAACCCUUCGUGAUCCAGAAACUGCUGAUGUGAAAUGUGAUCCAGGGUUCAUGUCAACUAACCGCUCCAUAAAAUGCACCAAUGGUAGAUGGGAGAAACCAGUGUGUAAGGUGCAUUAUUUUUUUUCAGAGGCUGUGCGUUGUGGCAUUCCUCCAAAUGUGCCAAAUGCAAUCAUAACAUCUAAACCUGAAGAAUUUUAUAAUGAUGGAUCUAACUUAACAUAUGUAUGUCGAAGCUCAUACUCAAUUCGUGGAGAAGAUAAGGUUUCUUGUCGCAAUGGAACAUGGGAAAAAACACCAACAUGUCAAGAAGUAACCUGCGAGCUGAACUCAACCACAUUUGGAGUAAAAAAGAUCAUCCCACGUGGAAAAACUACUUUCAGAGCUGGAGAAAUCGUGGAGAUCACCUGCUCUGAAAAAUACUGGUUCUUUGGUACAAAAGAAACCAAAAAAAAAUUUACAUGCAAAGAUAAUGGAGAGUGGGACAAUGAGCCUGUUUGUGCAGAGGUAACAUGUCCUCUGCAGCGGAUCACAACAGAAGACUUCAAAAUUGAGAGAGACCCUGAUAUUGAGGGUCCAGCCAGACCUAGACAUACAAUAUAUUUUUCAUGCACUGGAAAAGACAUGAUUUUAAAAGGACAGAGAGAAAUUACCUGUCAGUCAAAUGGAGAAUGGAGCAGCCCUUUUCCUACAUGUGAAGGUGAACACAGAGAAAAGGUAACAUGUCCUCUGCAGCGGAUCACAACAGAAGACUUCAAAAUUGAGAGAGACCCUGAUAUUGAGGGUCCAGCCAGACCUAGACAUACGAUAUAUUUUUCAUGCGCUGGACAAGACAUGAUUUUAAAAGGACAGAGAGAAAUUACCUGUCAGUCAAAUGGAGAAUGGAGCAGCCCUUUUCCUACAUGUGAAGGUGAACACAGAGAAAAGGUAACAUGUCCUCUGCAGCGGAUCACAACAGAAGACUUCAAAAUUGAGAGAGACCCUGAUAUUGAGGGUCCAGCCAGACCUGGACAUACGAUAUAUUUUUCAUGCACUGGAAAAGACAUGAUUUUAAAAGGACAGAGAGAAAUCACCUGUCAGUCAAAUGGAGAAUGGAGCAGCCCUUUUCCUACAUGUGAAGGUGAACACAGAGAAAGUCAGACCACCAGUUGUAGACCACCACCAGACGUGAACGAUGCAGAUACAAUAGAAUUGAAAAAAGAUGAAUACACUACAGGAGAGAGAGUUGAAUACAGCUGCUUUAGUAAAUACACAUUGGAUCUGCGUCCACCUUUCUCCAGAUUCUUGACCUGUGAUCAAGGAGAAUGGAGGGGGAAUAUUAAGUGUUUAAAGCCUUGUACAGUGACUGUGGAGGAAAUGGAAAGAAGAGGUAUAGCGUUGGCCUAUGUUAAUCGGCAAAAGAUGUUCGCACCCAAUAAUGAUAACAUCACCUUUGCCUGUAAGAGAGGCAAAUAUUCAGUAGGUGUUCCCCUGAGACAACAGUGUAAUGAUGGAGUGAUGACUUUACCUGAGUGUGAGUGAUGGUGAGAAUAUAUCAUUGCUGAAGUAACAAAAACAAAUGUAGCUAAUAAAACAAAUUUUUCAAAUACUUAUUCAAUUUCUAGAUUUAGGAUUUAUUUCAAGUAAAACUAAAGAAAUGCUAAAAGCAACAUUCAAUUACAGCUAAGUGUGAUAUGUACAAUAUGUAUUAAAUAAAAUAACAAUAAAAAAUAAAAAGUUGCAAAAAAAAAAAAAA